UUCUCUUACAACAAACAGGCUUUCACAUUGAAUGGAUUCCAAGUGUGAAUCAAACACUCCGAGUAUCAUUCCUGCACAAAGACCUGAUCUACAUCUAUACAUCAAUACUAUGUAUCAUCAUGAUUACGCCAACGUGUCAUCGUCAUCACAGCUUCCACACCCAUGGAUGAGAAUAAAUUUUCUCUUCUACCAAAUACCGGUCGAACCGUUUUUUUCCUAUCUCUUCCCUGGAAUUCAGUAAACAACACUUCUCGGUUUCUCCCUCGUAGAGCAGUUUUCUCGUGUGUGAUUUCCGCUGGUACCUGAAGAUCUCCUGCGUUAUCUUCUUCUUAGGGAACUUGAAUUCUGAAAAAUGGAAAAUAAUAAGGGGGAGGAAGCUUCCUCCCGUGGCAAUGGAUGGGAAGUCGUGUCACUAACGGCAUCAACAUAUUCUGCUGCUGAUGAUAGAGGCAGUGGGUUCGGUCAGUAUGAUGAGGAAACCGCUCGUGCAAUGUUCAUGUCUGAUCACUUUGUAUUUCCACCUAGUGAGCAUGAGAACCUACCACUGGAGACCGACAAUAAUGAGAUUGAUAUUGAAACAAAGGAUGUAGGUGUAUCUUCCUACGGGGUGCAAAGAUUUGAUAUGAAUAAAUCUGACAAGGAAAAUGUAGAAAAUUGCAAUGUCAAAGAGCUGCGAGUACCGGAUGAGUUUCCUGGAAUACAGUUCUUUGAUGAAAAGGGUAAUAGGCUAUCUGUCCGUGGUGAAGAGUUUGAAGAAGACAUGGGCUUACAAGGGCCAAAUCUGGUUGGUGAAGAGAAGAGUAUGUUCAAUUCUACUAAGUUUAGUUCUUUAAACAGUGAAGCAGAUUCUAGUGGACCAACUGUUAAUGAUGAGCUUGCAGCCGUCACUGAAUCAUGUGAUCCUUCUCAUAGAAUUUUAGAUUCCUGUUCAGAUUUUUCAAAGUCAAUAAAUCAUACAAAAGAAGUUCAAUUUAACAAAUCUGGGCUUCCCUGCGAGGCUUGGUGGAAGAAAAGGGUAGCUUCCUUGUACACAAACACGAAAGAAGUGAAUGCAUUUUGGUCUAUUUUUGUCGCUGCAACUCUGGUGGGCCUUGUUUUUCUUGGUCGGCGGUGGCAGAAAAAUAAGGUGGCGGGCUCGGCCACUUAAUAGGGAUCCACAUGGGAAAAAUAGAUGUAAGCAGAAAAAUUGAAGUGGGUUUGGGUCGAACUGUUCUUAUGUUGCCAUGGUUCAGGAGACUAGAAACCUGAGACAUUCGUCGUAGCACAGAUAACAUGAGGGAGCAGGGUACCUGAUACAUACAUAGUAGGAAUUUUGACUUCUGUAUGUGAUUUAUUUCCAUUAUGUUGGUGUAGAGUGUGACAAUGCUGAUUAGUUCAUGUGCUGAAAGAAAUGAAGCACAGAUAUCUCAUUGUCUGCUUUGAAUUUGGGUGCCUCUGCCAUGUCAUGCUCUCAUCUAAGUGACAUCAUUCUCAUUUUCACUUGUCGGUUUUUACUAGCAGUAACAUGUUACUGGAAUUAGAAAUGUAAUCCUAAGUGCUAUUCCAUUGAAGAGCUGCCAACUUCUCUUGCCGACCAUCUUCUAUGGUAGACAUAGAUAGCUUGUAACAGAAGAAAAAAAAAUACUGGGAACGAUGUCAAGCAAAUAGCCUGAGAUGGUUUCGAGUUCUAGAAACACCAACUGCGAUACUUGAGUACUGUGUGGCUAUUUGAUCUGCUAUUACCUUAAUAAUUGGAGGUUACUCGAGAAAAGAACCAUGUUUGGGACAUUUUUAUCCAUAUGUUGGUCCAUACUUAGGAAUCUGCAUCUACCUGAUUUGUUGGUGGGAUUGAAUUGAUGGCUGGAACUUAGUUUUUUCUUAUUUUAACAAGAUCAUGGCACAUGAUAAGCCUCAGGUAUCAAGCCAUUGGGACCUUAGCUUCAGUUCCCUUACUGGUUAUUCAUGUCAGGUCUAGACACCCGGAAUUUUCCAUUGUGAUGCAGGACAACCAGGCUGUGAUUCCAAGCUGGUGCAGACCUUAUCUAGGAAGGGGCUCAAUCACCUGAUAAAUCCUACUGCAUCAAGAGAAAAAUUGCUGUAGUUGAGCUUUUUAUAUGGAUCGAUGGGUAGAUAGGUAAGGUUGCUCCAGUGCGUCCUAGUGAUCACGGGUUUGAGUCAGGAAACAGCUUCUCCGCAAAGUGGGGGCAAGGCUGCAUACAUUAUGACCCUCCCCAGACCUAGGGGUAUCAAUCUUGAGCCCGCACCGAUAGGCCCAACCCAGCCUGACUCGCUUAAGGCCCGACUUGAACGGGCCCGUUUAUUAAAUGGGCGUUUACGGUGCAGAGUAGUAGCCCGUCGGGCACCUGACCGGCCCAACUCACUUAAGUAGCUCGUUAGAACAUACUCAAUUUGCCCAACCGACCCGACCCCCUUUAGAAAAAUGCUUAAAUUGUAAAUACCUAUUCUACCACUAAUACUACAAAAUAUGAGUAAGGAAUAGGUAAGACUAAACUAAUAGUUGAUUACAACACAAUGGACAUAUGGGAUUUCAAUGAGAAAUAUGGUGACAUUUGUGAUUUUACUGUGAAGAAAGACAACAUAGAGAAAAAAUAAACAUUUGGCACAGACAAGCAGCUUGGUUUUCAUUGAAAUAAUAAGAUUGAGCACAAACAAUAUGCAGAAUAUCUAUAAAAAACUAACAUAGUUAAACAACUCCCAAAGUAGUGUAAUAAUUGAUGGAAAAGACAACUGCCCAAAGUAGGCUUUUUCUUUCAUUGUAUUAUGUAUACCAGUGAAUCAAAAAUCCAAUUUCAGGUUUGUAAUGUUCUUGGAUCAUUCAGUUGUUAAGAAGAGUGUGAUUCUUGUAACUUAGAUUACAUUUUUAAAACAUGAUUCUCUUGGAUAUGGUUCUGGAAUUGUGAAUGUUAUCCUCCAUUAGUUUUAAAGCCAAUAGUUUAAUCCGCUUAAAAAAUGAUUUUAGGGUAGGCCCGUUUAGAGCCCGUUUAGAAUUAAAUAGGCCCAUAGCCCGUUUAAGGCCCAUUUAAGGUAGCCCGAUUAAAGCCCGACACCGACCGGCCCGAUUACAAACCUUACCAUGCCUUCCAAACCCAGGCCCGUUUAAGUAAACGGGCAUUCAUGGUGCAAGGAUUUCACACCGCGAGGCCCCGUUAGGCCCGACCGAGACUGGCCCGGCCCGACCGAUUGAAACCCCUAAUUACCCCACAGUGGUGGGAGCUUCAUGCACUGGGGCAUGCCCAAUCGGUAGAUAGGACAUACCACUUAAAAGACUUGAAACAACUAGAAGGCAGAAUAAACAUGGAUUAAGGAAUUGGCGAAAGAACUUUACAAUUAUGUUCUGAAAAUUAUGGCAGAAUGGUGAAACAGAGUUUUGUUGCUUAACCUCAGUAGUUACGAUUAGCAUUUGACAAUGCUGAUCAUGAUGUUAGUGCUGAUGUGAGGAAGAUUCAUUGAUGAUUAUGCAAUUGAACACCUUGAUAGUUCCAUGGCAGUAAGUUUGCAGUUCACACCAUAAUGCUUGACAGCUUGACAGCUCUGGGGCUGCAACUUAUCGCGAUUUAUGUCAUUAUGGGAAUCCAUAACCUGGAUUACUUGUGAUCAUACAUUGCAGCGACUGUAUGCCUGGGGCUAAAAGCUCCUCUGGACUUUGGAGUUGGAGCUGGACUCUGGAGUCUUCAUUAAAGGCAAAGAGAUACUCUUUGUCUAUGUUUCACUUUAUAUUUUUUGUGUCAUUGCGAAUGGAAAUAAUUGAAGUGAAGUAACACAAUUACCGGAGGUUGUUAUUUUUUGCAGUUGGAGCCAGAAGCAUCACAUAUGAAUUGGGGGCAUGGUAAACCAAUGACUUUAUGUUUGUUCUCAAGUAAAUAAAUAAAUAUGACUCCCCUUGAAUACGAAAAUGAAAAGGUAUGAAAAUAUCCAUUAGUGAUAAAAUUAAAGGUUGCCUCUUCAGUUGACUCAAACAUGUAGAGCAAAGACCAAUGACCAUAGAAAUAAGGAGUGCUCUGUUGCAGGUUCAAGACUCAAAAAGGGUUGUAAAUGCUUAGUAGUUUGUCAAUUGUUGUGAGAAAAGACAUGAGAUUCAUGUUUGAUGAAAUUAACUGAUAUAUCAGCGGGGCGUGCUAAUGUUGCUGAACCUGAAGACUGGGAUAUGAAACUGAUGCUAUGAGGCAGUAGUUCCCUAAAAUUGCUUUGGCAGUUCUUCAUGGUGGAGGAUGGCUGCUAAUGUCAUUAUGUAGGCUUUAGGGAUCAUCUGGCUUUAUUAGAUACAAGUAUUGGCUGAAAUAUGCUUUCUGUGUAUAGUCAUACUUGGAGAUGAAGGAAAUGUUCAAAAUUGCAAUCAAAAUUUUGCAAAA